CCAAGUUGUGCAAUGCUUUGCAUUUCUCAGGUAAAUAAAAUACUGCCAAACUAGUGAUAGCAGUAUUGAUAGCAUGAUAUCGGUUGCCGACUCCAACUAGCAGCAGCGUAUACGCAACUAAAAGCUCGUUCCCCUGGCGCUUUAAAAAUAUUUUUUGUAUAUCGCACGGGUCUUUACAAAAGAAAACGCGUUGCUGCCAAUAGUCAUCAUCAGGUCGCGGUAGUUUGAGCAACAGGAUUAACGCUCAGCGAGCAGUAGUUUUAACCGUUACCGCGCGAUCGUAAAAAGUGUUUUAAACAAAAAAACGCAAAAUGGUCGUAGAUAAAUCAGAAGAUAAUGGCGGAUUUCGCGAGUUUCAGUUUCAACGUAUCAAACAGGAAACUAAAUGGGAAACUUUUAGGAAAGCUAUUUACGAUCCUGCUACCAAGUCUGUGCUCGGUAGAACUGGAAAAAGUUGGGGUCAACUUCUGGUAUUCUACGCCAUUUUCUACGCAGUAUUAGCGGCGCUGUUCGCAAUUUGUAUGCAAGGACUCUUUGCUACGCUCAGCGACACCGAACCGAGAUGGACUUUGGACGAGAGUCUAAUCGGUACGAAUCCAGGAUUGGGAUUCAGACCGAUUUCCGAUAAGACGGAGGAAGGUUCGCUCAUUUGGUACAACAUGACCAAUCAAACUGAUAUUAACAAAUGGGUGAAGUUGGUGAAUAAAUUUCUUGAACCUUACAACGCAACACAAACAGGCCAAAACUACGUCAACUGCGACUUCGAAAAACAACCAGCCAAAGGUGAAGUUUGCUUCACGGACCUCUCGGCUUUGGGAAAUUGUAACGAAGAACGUGCCUACGGUUACAACGGCUCGUCGCCUUGUAUAUUUCUGAAACUCAAUCGGAUCUACGGCUGGACGCCUGAUUAUUAUACUAGUUCGCUGGAGGAGAUGCCGGAUGAUUUGAAAUAUCAUAUCGAUAAUAACACAAAAACUGCAGCUGAAAAGAAGCAAGUGUGGGUAUCCUGUCAAGGAGUCGACGACGUUGACAAGGAAAACGUCCAAGGAUUCCGUUACUGGCCCCAGGGCUUUGCCAGCUAUUAUUACCCUUACAAGAAUUACCCGAACUACUUAAGCCCGAUCAUAGCUGUGGAAGUUAUUAAAUUAACUCCCAAUGUCAUCGUGAGCAUCGAAUGCAGAGCUUGGGCCAGAAACAUCAAAUACGUUGGUGGUACCCUGAACAGGGCCGGAUCGGUACAAUUUGAAAUGCAAGUAGAUUCCGCGCCUCCUUCGUAGGACCAAUCAGAAUCUUAACUAUCAACAAGGCUUUUUGUACUUAUUUUUUGUUUUUUUGUCAUUUUUUUUUUUACUUAUUAUUAAUUAAAUCCGUUUUUUAGGUUGUGCUUUUUUUCUUAGUCUUGUUUGUAUAUACAAAAACUUGCCUAAGAUUUAUUAUACUUACCUAUUAUUAUUUAUUUUUGUAAUUAUUAUUAUUGUUUGUGUCUUUUAUGUAGAUGCUUUAAAUGGAUAUAAACAUGUGAAUGUCUAUUUUAUAGGGUUUUAAUGUUUUAAAUGUAGGUGAGAUAGGGCAACUCUUAAGAAGUUUUAAUCUUUUUUUAGAGUACUUAUUACAGUAGAGUAAGUAUAAAGUUUUAUCAGAAGUGCCAUUAGUUUAAAGUGUGCCUAUACGAGUCAAAAUCACAAAACGUCUUUUAAAUAUUUUUCUAGAUCUAUUUUUCAUAAGUCUACUCUACCUGAUGAUGCCUUAAGAAGCCUUAUAUACAAACAUGUUUCAAUGCUUUUUACAAAAACUGUAGCAUUUGAUAUAAAUGCUAUUGAUCUGACUAUUUAUACUGUCAGAUAGGAUUCUAUAAUUGUUAACUAUUAAAUAUGUUAAACUGUUAACAAAUAUAUUUGUGCAAAAAAAAACACAUUAUAUAAUAUACAUAUAGAACCUACUUUAGGUACCUAUAUUUAAGAACAAACUAUUUUUUUCUGCAUCCUGAUUAGCUUAAGUAGUUAUUAAUGUUAGUAUUAGAAUACCUAUGUUUUUUUUCCAAAUUAAAAAAAAGAAAAAAAACCUUAUACAUUUUAUGUAGUAGGUUACUUAUCUAUUUCGUUAUACGUAGUUGCUCUUUCAAAAUCUGUGACAAAAUAAAUUGAACAAGUUUUAGA